AUUUUUUUUAAAAAAAAAAAAAAUUCAAUUUCAUUAAAUAAACAACAACAUUGCAAAAACAAACGUACAAAACACAUUGUUAGUUAGAAACUAACUACCACUCCCUCACCAAUUUGCAAAACGUAACAAAGAUUCGAAGAUUCUAAGGACAAACAAUUGCUUCAGUUCCAAGCUAUUUUCCACAAUCGGCAUACGGCUCUAGAUUGGAUUGAAUCUGUCAUGCCCAAAGUACAAAUCCUAUUCCUUACCGUAUCAAGAAUAAUUCUAGUUACCUCUUCAGAUGAUCUCUUUUGAUUCUCAUGCUGUCGUGCUGAUUUCUCUCCUGCCAUAAAAAGUAGUAUAAUACAAUAGCAGCUAAUAAUAAAAUACGGUAAGCCACAUUAAUCAAGUGUUUACCCCUCCAUCUCCUUGAAGCCCUUAAAAUCCCAUGCUGCCAAUCUGAACAUGACCAUUGAAAUGGCACCUCUUGGCUGAGCGUGUUAAUGCACCUUGUUGAGAAGGCGCAUUGAAAAAACAAAUGCGAGUGGGACUCCAAUUCAUUGUCACAAAGUACACAAGUUUGUCCUCUACAAUUCAACCUCCAGGACCAUGAAAAAGUUGGGAUCAUUCCACAAUUGGGCAAGCACUUAUCUCUGUGAUUGUUGUAAGCUUUUUUACUUCUUUACUUGGAUAAAUUCCUUCUUGCUCUGGAGUCUGCGCUGGACUUUUGCUUCAUCAUAGGUCUGGUUCUUUUCUUUUUGACGGGUUUUAUUUUUACCCUUUUGAUUUGGAAGGAUGGCUGCACCCUGUAAUUUUAUCUGCUGAGAGCUUUUGUCCUCCUAAGAUCAGUUUUUUAAUGGCUACACUGUUCCCUUUGACCUCAAUGUAGUACGGACCAUGUUUUAAAUUAAAACAAUCUUAAGUAAUAAGAUACUAAUUCUGUCACAUGAUAUCUUCUCUGGAUAUUGUUUGCAUUUUUUUUUGGGUUUUGCUGUUUCAUCUUUUAGAUUGUCAAAGAAGCCUGCAAUUAGUUAUAUUUGCUGCAAGCUCUUAUAUUGAUGGGGAAGCUGGUGAACUCUGAUUUUGGGCUCAUAAAGUGUGCUGAGAAAGAGCAAACACUUGUGGAUUGGAUUGAUCAACAACUCCCAGAUGAAAUUCUUGUCUCCAUCCUUUCAUAUUUGCCGCUUGAAGAUGCCGCCAAGACAAGGUGUUCUGUCAAAACGUUGGGCAAAUCUUUGGGGUUGCUUGUUUCUGGACUCAAUUUUGACUCUGCAAAGAUGUGGGAAGGGAUAGAAGGACUAACAGAUUCUCACCCUGAAUCAUUGUGCGCAAACAAUCGUCAAAACUUCAUUAAUUGGGUGAAUCAGGUGCUGCAAAUCAAUCAAAUAAAGCCACUGUUUUGGAUGUAUUCAGGAUUCGCUUUUAUUUGAACAACUUCUCUGGAAAUGAUAUUGAUAUAAGUGGCUUCAGUAUGCAUCAACCAGGAGAGUGCAGAGUUUAGCUUUGAACUUUUCAAAAUAUUGCGGUCUGCCGGGUGAACAGUGGCAGUCUUAUGUUUUUCUUUCCUCAUGACAUCGAUUAUGGUGCAUCUUUUGGCUUGAAAUCUCUCAGAAACUUGGCGUCUAAGAAUGUAAAGGUGUCUGGGGAAGUUCUUGAAUUUUUCUUGCAUAAUUGCCCUUUUCUUGAACAUCUUGAGAGUGCAUACCUCUGAUAUUUUGAAACAAUUUGAAGUUUGUGGUCUAUCCCUUGCAUUGAAACUCCUGGAGAUAACUUAUUGUAUGUGGCUGGAAUCCCUCAUUGUGUGUGAUACAAAUCUUGUUUCACUUAAGUUUAUUGAUGCUUCUAGUGGUCUGGUUUUAAAGAAUUGUCCGAUGCUCGUGGAUGUAAACAUUGGCCGGUUGGGCUCUGGACCUAGCGUCCCUGAAAUCAUGGCCUGUCUCACAGAUUGCCUGCUGACAUUGGAAAUUCUAACCUUAGAAAUUGAAGCUGUGGAUUUGAAAGAUGUUAGUCUCAACUGGGUUCAUUUUGGAAGUUUCUUCUUUUCUUAAAUAAAUUCAAGUACUCCCUCCGUCCCAAAAUUAUUGUCCAGUUUGGAUUUUCAUUUUUAGUUCAAAUUGUAUUAAAAGAGAAAUUCCAAACUGGACAAUAAUUUUGGGACGGAGGGAAUAGUAUAUAAACUACUGACUUUUGGGAUUGUGAUCAUUCCUGAUAAAUGUAGAAGCUGCAUUUCCUGAACUGCCUAAGUUGAAGCAACUUAUUGUUGAGGUUUGGGCGCCAAUAGAUGAGAGCCUGAUGACGUUAACUUCUUUGAUGAGAGCGUCCCCCAACCUGGAAAAGUUUGUACUGAAAGUAUAUACAGUUAAUUCUAAGUUAAAUGUAAUGCUUUUGUCUAGAUGUCCCCGUAUAAGGUUUUUUUUUCUUGUGAACACUUAGGUUUAAAAUUUGUGCUUCUGCUGAAUGUCUUCUUGUAAAUCAUGAAGUUAUGUUUGCACACAUGGCUCCCUAAUUGAUUGUUGCUUCUUUUUGAUGCAGAAAAUUAUGUGUUUCCCAUGUCUCCAACAAACAGGCAUAAUACUCUCCUUUUCUAGGACAUGUUCUUUUUAUUCUUGCAUUUACACACAUCUUCUGGAUUUUUCAGUUUGAUCGGCGGGGGAAUGUUCCCGAGAAAUGUGGGGAUUCCGAGGAAGGUUAGGCCAUUUCCCUCAAACAUCUCAGAGUUGUUGAAUUGUGGGGAUUCGCUGGAUACGCCACCGAAGUGGAACUCGUUUGGUGUUUGGUAAAAACUGGCCGUUGCCCUGAAGAGAAUAAUCAUUGAGAGUCGCGAUUGCGGUGCUGCUCAUCAUGCUGAUGGUUGGCCUUGCGGAAGUCCCCCGGUUGGUACUCUGGUGAAGAACACAAUCAUUAGCAAUGCUGCCAAACAACUCCAGGGAUUAUUACAUUCGUAGGUUGAGUUGGUUUUGCUACAGCAAGUUGAAGAAGCUGCAUGCAUCUAUCUCUGCUUAUCGCUUUUAGCAAGUAGGAGAGGCUAUUGUAAUUUUUUGUAAUUUAUCUUAUCUAUUGAGGGAGGCUAGCUGUUGUAAUCUUUGUUGUAACUUUAUCUUAUAUAUUAAUAUGCACUGGCGGAUUUACAAUCGGGGCACUAGGGAACGUGCCCCACUGAAUUUCAUGAAUGGUAAAU